AUGACCGAAAGAACUUUUGAGACCGUUGAAAAAGAAAUGGAAGAAGAAAUUCAAUUUUAUAAAGAGAAGAUCGAAAUUUUAGAAACUGAAAAAGAAGAAAUUCAAAUUGAAUUGGAAGAAUUUCGUAUCACUUCUCACGAAUACGAAGAUGAUUUAGUUCACGAAUUAGAGGCUUCAGAAAAACGUAACUCGGAAUUAAAGGUGAAAAUUGAAACAUCGAAUAACGAAGUUAACCAUUGGAAGACAAAGUAUAAUCAAAUCAGAUCAGACGACAAUGCAACCACCAUGAGAAUUGAGAAAAUGGAACGUGAACUCGAAAAUUUAAAAGAGAAAAAAGAAAUGUAUAAUAACCAAAUUAGGGAAUUGGAAUUAGAGAAUGAUGAUUUGGAAAGAAUUACGAAAAGUUCUCUUCAAGAUAUGGAAUAUAAAUAUAAUGAAUUAAUUGAACAAAUUGCAGUUCAUGAGAUCGAAUCAGAAGAUAGAUAUCAUUUGACUCUUGAAAAAAUCGAAUUAGAAGAAAAAGAUCGUUUAAUCAAGGAAGUGCAACGAUUAAGAAAUGAAUUACGAGACGUUACUUUAGAAUUAACUAUAAAGAAAAAUAAAGAAGUCAAUUAUGAACAACCAUCAAUUUCAUUUAAAGUUCCGAUCAUUUCAAAAUCCAUCAAGACGGUCAAAGGAAAAGUCAAGAAAGUCUUCAAGACCCGUAAAGAAGAACAAAUGGAUUAA